AUGCUCCAAGCUAGCACCUUCGGGCUGUUAGCCACGGCGGUGAUGGCUCACGCAAUCUCACUUGGCGAAGUCUGCACCCUGUCUCAUGCCAAAAAUGCCGUCCCAAGCCAAGACUUCCUUCCGGGUCUCAAUACCACCAACUCGGUUGUCACCGCGAAUCCGGUCUACAACGUCUCUGUUUCCGAUGAGGCAUACUAUCCCGAUGCUACGUUCGAGUAUUGCAAUGUGACGAUGACAUACUCACACAAUGGCAAAGAUGACAAUGUCUUGCUCAACUUCUGGCUUCCCUCGCCCGAGGAAUUCAAAAACCGCUGGGUUUCCACCGGUGGCUUUGGCUUCGCAAUCAACGUGGAGUCAACUCUUCCCGGCGGUGUCAUUUACGGAGCAGCAACUGGGCGAACAGACGGUGGCUUUGGAGGAUUUGAUACUAGCUUCGAUGACGUUUUCCCUCUCGUGAAUGGGACCUCCAACCAGGAUGCGCUGUACAUGUUCGGUUACCAGGCACACCAUGAAAUGUCCUCGAUAGGCAAAGCUUUUACCAAGAAGUUCUACAGCCUGACCGAUGCGAACAAGCUAUACGCCUACUACCAAGGCUGCUCCGAGGGCGGCCGUGAAGGCUUCAGUCAAGUACAGCGCUUCCCGGAGGAGUGGGAUGGCGCAGUCAUUGGAGCCCCUGCUAUCCGCUAUGGACAGCAACAGGUCAACCACUUGUUCCCGCAGGUGGCUCAACAGACCUUGAACUAUACCCCACCGUAUUGCGAGCUUGAGAGAAUAGUGAACCUCACAAUUGCCGCGUGCGAUCCUCUUGAUGGGAAAAAGGAUGGCGUUGUCAGCCGUACCGAUCUUUGUAGACUUCAAUUCGACUUCAAUUCCACGAUUGGGGAGAGCUAUGAAUGUGCUGCCACCUCUGCAGUCAAUUUAAACAAGAGACAGAUGCCUUCCCCAGCGACCCCUGCCCAAAAUGGAACAGUCACAGCCGAGGGCGCAGCUCUCGCGAGUACGAUCUACAAUGGACUUCAUGACAGCGAUGGUCGCCGUGCAUACUUCUGGUACCAGCUUGGAUCGGAGAUGUCGGAUGCUGAAACCCAGUAUGACUUUACCACUGGAAAAUGGGAAAUCGACAUCUCGGAGCUCGGUGGUGAGUGGGUGGCCCGCGGACUGCAGCUCCUGGAGUUGGACAACCUCUUUUCUCUGGAAAAGGUCACCUACGACACCCUGCGAGACUGGAUGUUGGAAGGCUGGCAGCGAUACGAAGAUGUGCUGCAAACCACCUGGCCCGAUCUCAGUCCUUUUGAAGAAGCCGGUGGGAAGAUCAUUUCCUAUCACGGUGAAUCGGAUAAUAGCAUUCCCCCAGCCUCCUCCGUUCACUUCCACGAGUCAGUUCGGUCCACAAUGUAUUCCAACUUGAGUUUCCACGAGAGCACCAACGCCCUGAGCGACUGGUAUCGCUUAUUCCUGGUCCCAGGAGCCUCACACUGCAAUACCAACAGUCUUCAGCCGAAUGCUCCUUUCCCGCAAACCAGCCUCGGUUCUUUGAUUGAUUGGGUCGAACGUCAAGAAGUCCCUGUCACACUGAACUCCACCAUUCUGAGUGGCGAUAACAAGGGUGUUCACCAGCAGCUAUGCGCAUGGCCUUUGCGUCCUCUUUGGAAGGUUAAUGGUACGAGCAUGGACUGUGUGUUCGAUCAGGAGUCAUUUGAUACUUGGAUCUAUGACCUCGAUGCCUACGCAUUACCGGUUUAUUAG